AUGAGUCGUCGUUCAGUUCGCUCAUUACCACCCGAUACAACUCCAGCUCCUCAUGGAGACGUCUGCUACAAUGUUGAGGCUAGGGAUUAUGAUUAUGAAGCGCUUUUUGAGAUGGUUGAAGCUGAUUGCGAUUGUGGUAUUGAGAUGCAUCUUAUUGCACCGGUAAGAAUAUCGUGAAAACGUUCAGCGAGAAAAAAAUUUAAAAAAUUAAAAUUUUCCAGGCUUGCCAAAAAGUAUGUGAACACGUACUUCCACCGUUCCUUCAAAUCUCCGAAGACGCUUUAUUCGAUUAUGUGAUUCCGGGAUUGAUUUUGUUUAUUGUGUUUUGUGUGGGCACAAUUGGAAAUGCCAUGGUGAGCUAACGUAAAAAAAAUAAAAACGAAAAAAAAAAAAUUUUUGAAAAAAAAAAUUUCCCCCUCUCGUUUAUUUUCGUCGCGACGAGACCCUGCUGUUGCGCCUUUCAAAAACUACGGUUUUUUUGUUGUUUUUUUUCCGGAUUUUCGAUUAUUUGCAUGACAAAAAAACAGAAAUCAACCAGGUUAACCCUGUUUAAAGCAAGAAACACUAUAAAAACAAUUUUCAUGUGUUUCAUUGAGGAAAAACCUUUUUUUUCGGUUGAAAAUUCGAAAAAUUAGUUAUAAUUCACUUUUCUCAAGUUGAAUUCCUCGUUUUUAUCAGGAAUAGCCACCAAAAACGCUUUUUUUUUGUUGUGAAUCAAAGGCGCAUCGAUUUUUAAAAGAUGUGUGUCUCGCCGCGACGAAAGAACUACGGUAUAUAAUUUGUUUUCAAAAAAUAUUUUUCUCGUUUCCCAUUUUUCGGAUUUGCGGGCGGAGCAACUUUUAAUUUUUUUAUUUUGUGAAUCACUCAAAUUCCCAGGUAAUCUUCGUUGUAAAUCGUUUCAAAAGAAUGCGCAACGUAACCAACGUCUUUCUCGCCUCUCUAAGCACCGCCGACAUUUGUCUAAUCUGGUUUUGUGUUCCCAUAAUGUUCAUCAAAUACACCUCAAAUAGCUGGGGACUCGGUAGAUUCGCCUGCUAUUUCGUCCAUUAUAUUCAACAAUUCACAUGCUUCUGCUCAGUUUUGACGAUGACUAUGAUAUCAUUCGAGAGAUUUCUGGCUAUCGCUUAUCCGAUGAGGAAUAUUUGGAUAUCUUCGAUUGGUCGAGCCAAGAAGGCUAUUUUGGUUAUCUGGAUUUCAUCGGCGAUUUUAUCACUUCCGACUGCUCUACGAAUUGAAUAUACAGUUGUGCAAGAUGCGAAUAAUAAUGGGACAACAACAUAUUGGUGUGAAAGAAAAAUCCCGCAGAAUUUAUUCGGUUAUGAUAGCAAUUAUCUUGAUAAGAUUUAUGCGGUCUAUCAGGUAUAACGUUUUUUUAACGUUUAAAAACCAAAAAAGUAAUUUACGUAGGGUAUUUUUUUCUUAACACAUUCCCGACUGAAUACAGUGAAGCUAAAACGCAUUUUAGUGUCUAGAAAUGCUAUUUUAAGCUCUUUCAAGCUUUCAAAAUCAAAUUGUUGAUUUUCGAAAAUUUUCGAAAAAUUUUUCAAUUUUUUUCGGGAGAUGUGAGGCUUCAGAAGGUCUUAAAAUAGUAUUUCUGGACACUAAAAUGAAUUUUAGCUUCACUUUAUUCAGUGUGUUAAGAAAAUUGUGAAAAAUACUGUUCGUAAAGCACUUUUCUAGGUUUUUCAACAUUAAAAAAGGUUUUUUACUUCGUAAAUAACUGCAUUACUCAUCAAUUAUAUUCUAAAAGUACAAAAAAUAAAUAUUUUCCAGCUAAUCCUCUUGAUCCUCUUCCCCGUCUCAACAAUGUCAAUCUGCUAUGCGCGAGUCUCUGCAAUCGUAUAUCGCAGUUCGAAAGAUCGUGUGAUCCUCUCGCAAGCAAUGGUCGCUUUUUCGAAAGCCGCCACCGAUGCUGUCACGUUUAGCGGCUAUUCUGCGAUUCCGAUGAUAACGACUUCGAAAAAUCUGAAGACUGCGAAUACGACUAUAAAUAGCUAUACGAAGCAUCGAAGUAAUCGAGUCGCUGAGGCGAAUAAAAAACAGGUGAGAAAGGGGAUAUAUUUGGAAUGAAGUUUGAACUUUUUAGGAGGUAUGGGUUUCAUUUUCUAGAAAUUAUAAAUUUUUUGAAACGUAUAAAAUUAGGGAUGAGCUUGGUCAAUCAGUAAAAAAAUUCCGAAUUAAAGCUGAGACGAGCUGAGAAAUUCUUGUGUUUUCAAAAUUUCAAAUUGCCUCCACGGUUCGGUGUGUGCAAACACUGCGACGCACUUUUGCGUACAGGAAGAUUUGAACUUUCACGAUAUUUCAUCUCUAUCUUUUGUUUGGUUCAAGUUUAGCCCAGAGGCUUCGUGGGUGGUCUCGGAAUAGCUGUGAGACAUUUUUUAUCCAGUGAAAAAUCUUUCUGAAACUUCAGAUCCAGACAAUUCUGCAAAAUUUUGGCUAAAAAAUUUUUAAUGGUUUUUAAUGCUCCUGAACAAGGUAUAUAAAAUCCAUGCGAUUGAUAAAAAAAUCAUUUUUUAGACAGCUAACAUUUAAAUAUAUAAUUCUUGAAACGUAAAAAAUCAGGGUUGAGCUUAGGUUGUAAAACUGCUUUUGAGAUAUUUGCAAAUAUUCUAGUGGAAAAUUUUCUGAAACUUCAGAUCUAGAAAAAAUCCAGGCACACUUCUUCCAGCUCGCUAUUUUCUAAUCUUCUAAAAUUUUGCAGAUUGUUCAAAUGCUAAUCUCUAUCGUUGUAAUGUUCACAUUUUGUUGGCUUCCCACAAUUGUCGACGAGCUUUUGACAAGUUUCGGAUUUCUUUGUCGAACGUCAAACACUCCACUGCUUCGGAAAAUGCGAAUGGGGUUCAAUUGCCUGGUAAUUUUUGAAGCUUGAAUUUAAUAACAAAAAUUUUCUAAUUUUUUUUCAGACAUAUUGUCAAUCUUGCAUAAAUCCGAUCCUCUACGCGUUCAUCUCUCAAAACUUCAGAUCCACGUUUAAAACCGCCUAUUCAAGAAUGAAAAAUCGACUACAGGUGGGGCAAUUUCAGCAGAAUGUGAUUUGAAAAAAAAUCUGAAAUCCAGGAAUCUCUGAUUUUAAAUUAGCCGAUUAACGAAGUUCGGGAACCACGGUAUUUUAAAAAUUUGUGUGACAUUUUUUCCUAGAAUGCAUGGUUUUGCUAACAGCAUUUUUCGAGUGGCUUUUUUUUACAGGGAGCGAUGUUUUUGAGCUCAGGGGUGGGGAACCUGGCCUCAUGUUGGCUUUGGUGGUAAGAACAUAGGCCAUGACAGGUUCGCGUGACUAACCUGGCUACCUGACCAAGUUUAGGCAAUGUUCAAGGACAGAGUAACAUGAUGCCAUGACAUUUUCCCCCACCCCUGGCCUAAACCUUUUCGAAAACCAACCAAAAAUUCCAGGGUGUCGAAGAAAUGCGGUCACGUAUGGGUUCAUGUAGUUCUGCAAGUAUGAUGAGUACUCGAAAUCAACACCGCAUCUACGGAAGUAGUUUCAACACUCUAACAGUUCCCGGUCGAACAAUGAUCACACCAAAUAUGUCAAGAGAUGUCUCGCAAUUAUCCCUCUGCCGGCCAGGUUCACAAAUGUCAUUCAACCGUUCAAAAAGUCCAAUCUCACAUGAUAUGCCAUCGACCGCCUUCGGAAGACAUCGCCCAAGAAGUCCGACUGAUGUGUCGAGAGAUUCUGGAAGACCGAGAAGUCCGACUGAUUUAUCCCAAAGUACAAAACCAUCGAGACGAUCUUCUUCGAUUCGCCCAAGAAGUCCGACAACUGUCUCGCAAAUGUCUAUGGUUGUUAGAUCAAGAAGUCCGACCGGAAAUUCUGAUUGCUCAUCUUUAUUGCCAUCUAGGUAAGGACCCAGUCGAAAAAUCUCGAACAAAAAGUAUCGAGUUACAUAUCAUGUUCCUGGGCGUUUGUGUUCUGAACAAACCCGUGUCAAAAUUCGAGUGAUGUUUCAGAACCCGCUCACCAACCCUCCAAUCCACAACUUCUGGCCAAUCUCGCGGAAGCAUCGAAAGAACCGCUGAUCGUUUGAGUGUUCGAGACGCCGUCCGACCAAAAACUCCACCAUGCUUUGUCUAA